GCACACGAAUUCCUGCCAACCCCAGUCUUCCCCUGACUACCUUGAGGACACCAUAACCCACUCUCACCAUUGAAACGUUGACGUCCUCUGAUCGGCUGGAAACAUGACGGAACAAAAUAAACCCAUCCUCCCCGAAUCCGGGAAGCGCAAUUUUCUCGUCACUAGCGCUCUGCCAUACGUGAACAAUGUUCCUCAUCUGGGCAAUUUGAUAGGUUCGACCCUGUCGGCUGAUGUCUUUGCCAGAUAUGGUCGGGGUCGUGGUGCCAACACCCUUUAUGUCUGCGGUACCGAUGAGUACGGCACGACGUCCGAAGCGAGAGCCAUCCAAGAGAACAUGACCACCAAGGAACUUUGCGACAAAUACUAUGCCCUCCAUGCCGAAGUUUACAAAUGGUUUAACAUCAGCUUUGAUAUUUUCGGCCGCACAACCACCGAGCUUCAGACUAAGAUUACUCAGGAUAUCUUCCUUAAGCUUCACGAUAACGGUUUCUUGUCGGAGCACGUAACAACUCAAUUAUACUGUGAGGAGCACAAGUCGUUCUUGGCAGACCGCUUUAUCCAGGGUGAAUGCCCACACUGCAAGUAUAUCGAUGCUUAUGGUGAUCAAUGCGACCUCUGCGGUCAGCUUUUGGACCCAUUGGAUCUUAUCAAGCCUCGCUGCAAGCUCGAUGGGGCCACCCCCGUGAAGAGGGAUACGAAACAUAUCUUCCUGAAGUUGGACAAGUUACAACCCGAGAUCCAGGCAUUCUUCGACGAGUCUUCGACAAAGGGAGGAUGGUCUCAGAACGGAAAGGAUAUCACCUCAUCCUGGUUGACGAAGGGAUUGCAAGAGCGCAGCAUUACUAGAGAUAUUAAGUGGGGUACUCAGGUGCCUCUGCCAGGCUACGAGGAAAAGGUUAUCUACUCCUGGUUUGACGCUUGCAUUGGUUAUGUGUCCAUUACCGCAAACUACACCGACCAGUGGGAGAAGUGGUGGCGCAACCCGGAGAAUGUCGAGCUUUACCAGUUCAUUGGAAAGGACAACGUUGCCUACCACUCCGUCAUGUUCCCCGGUACUGAAAUCGGUACUCGGGAGAAGUGGCUGAAGGUCCACCACCUCUCUACCACCGAAUACCUGACUUAUGAGGGUGGCAAGUUCUCCAAGUCUCGCGGCAUCGGUGUGUUCGGAGACUCAGCCAAGAAGACUGGCAUCCCUGCGACCGAGUUCAACUGGGACCUCUUCAUCAGCUCCAACAACAACAUUCUCCUCAAGAACCUGGGUAACUUCGUCAGCCGUGUCGUGAAGUUCGUCAACUCUAAGAACUACGACAACAUUGUGCCCGACUACACCACCUAUUCUGACCCUGCCUUUGACGCUUGGAAGGAGGAAAUCAACGAACUUCUCACCCAAUACAUCCAGCAACUCGAUGCCGUCAAGAUCCGCGCUGCCAUUGACACCGUCCUCACCAUCUCCCAGAAGGGUAACCUGUUCCUCCAGUCCAACAGCCUCGAUAACAAGCUCGCCGAGAACGAGCCGGUCAAGUGCGCCGCUGUGAUCGGCCUUGCCCUCAACCUCAUCCACCUCCUGUCUGCCCUCCUCUCCCCCUACAUGCCCGAAACCGCCGCCAGCAUCAACGAGAUCCUCCGUACUGAGGCUAUUCUGAUCCCGGAUCGUUGGAACGCCGACACCGUGAAGCCCAACCACGAGAUUGGCAAGGCCAAGUUCCUGUUCAGCAACAUCAAGCCCGAGAAGGCCAACGAGUGGCGUGACAUGUUCGGUGACGAGGAGGCCAAGAAGGUCAAGGAGGAAGAGGCCAAGAAGAAGGCCGCUAAGAAGGCCGAGAAAUUGGCCAAGAAGGAGAAAAAGAAGGAGCAGAAGGAGAAGGAGGCUGCUGCCGCCACCGCCGACGGAGUGUCCGAGAUCUCUCAGUCCGCAGAGAAAUUGAACAUUCAACAGUAG